AUGCCACCCGAAAGUGGCCCUUUGCGGGUCCCCUAGAAAUGAAAUUAAAUGAGAGGAUCAAGACUCAAGAGACUCAAGAGAGUGUGGUUAGUGUGCCGAUGAAAACGUGGUAAACAAGAGCCAUGCCCUCACGUUACUCACGCGUGUUGCAGAGCUUUCCAAAAGGAUAUUCCCUUGCUUUUGCGUAUGGCUCCGGAGUAUUCAAACAACUGGGACAUCGAAAUGUCAAAGAUAACAUGAUGGACUUCAUAGUGGCAGUCCGGGAUCCACAGGAAUGGCAUCAAGUGAACAUGGCACAAAAUCCUAAGCAUUACUCUGCACUGAGGUUUGGAGGGCCUCACUUCAUUGGCAGAGUUCAAGAAAACUGGGGAGCCAAAGUGUACUUCAAUACACUCGUUCCAACACAUGAGGGAAUGAUAAAAUAUGGAGUAAUAUCACACUCUAGUUUAGUGGCAGACCUGUUAGACUGGGACACAUUGUAUGUUGCUGGCCGCUUACAUAAGCCAGUCCUCUUACUGCACAAGGAAUCUGAAGAUGAAGAGCUUCACACUGCCCUCAAGUUGAAUUUGUUUUCUGCAGUGCACACUGCCCUUCUCCUGCUACCAGAGCUUUUCAGUGAAGAGCAGUUGUACAUCACUCUGGCUGGACUUUCAUAUGCAGGAGACUUCCGGAUGUAUGUUGGUGAAGACCAGAAUAAAGUGAAGAACAUAGUUGGGGCCCAAAAGCAUGAAUUUCGAAGCCUUUAUACACCAGUUCUUAAAGAACUAGAAGAAUAUGUAAUUCUGGACACACUCAGUGGAAUGGGAGAGCAAGACACCUCCCCACCAGCAAGGUUGUAUCAUCUCUCCAUGCUUCCUAAAAGAUUACAGCUUAUGUUGAUUAAGGAGUGGAAUAAGGACCGUAGAAAUAGAGAUCUAGAGGAUGUUCUCAGAGCAGCUGCUCAUGACACAGAUGUAGAGGAUGUCAUACGUAAAGGUAUUGAAGACAUUGUAAAGGUCUCUAGUUUAACUCAAAGCAUCAAAGGCAUACUGACUGCAGGUGCUCUCAAGUCUCUCAGGUAUUCUUGGUCCAAAGUGAAAAAAAUGUGGAAAAGUUUGCAGAGAUAACACAUUUUGUACUCUUGGGUUCCAUUUCAUUAUAUAGUCUACAGUGUAACUAAGGUAUGCGUGUAAAUUUGUAAAUAAAAUAUAAAGAAAUACUGACUAGCUAUUUAUAAUCAAAUUAUGACAAAUAUUAGAAGAAAAUGGCAUUUUACUUCAUGAAGGUAGUCUUGAGAAUAUUCUGACCCCAGGGUAUCAAAAUAUGAGAUAUUUGCACUACUGUAUGCAUCUAUUAACUGGAUCCCUGGAAACUGAUCAUAUAAGAAUUCCAAAUGAUUUUAUUGUAUAACAAAUUUUCCCUCACAUCAUGUGAAACUAGGCCAUCUGAACCCAAACUUAUGGCCAGCAGGAUGAAAACUGACUUGUUCUGAAUGAUUGAUGGUAUACUUCCAAGCUCCAGAAAUGUGAGGAGGGAAAUGUUACAAAAAUAUAUACAGCAAAAAUCCCAUGACAGUGUAGCUAAAAAUAAAUAAAAAAUAAAUAAAUAAAUAAAAUAAAAAAUCCUCAACAGUCUCAUAUCUUUCCUUAUUUUUUCUAUAUAAAGCACUUGACUUACCCUAAAUUUGUUUAAUAAUGAAGGGGUUUGAGUGAAUGCAGGGAAAAAUAAUGUCACCAUGUACUUGCUGCUUGGAAGUAAAAUGCUUAUUUGGCAUGAGCACAAAAAUGACCAAAGAUGUAAACUUUUUUUUUUUAUUUAUAUUGUGUUUAUUGUAUCAUAAAAUGCAAUGAGUUUCAGUGUGUCACUUAAAAUUUGCAUAAAGUAACAUUAGCUGACAGCCAGAAACUUUGUAUUGAUGGCCUCUAAUUGAAUAUAC